AUGGGAAAGAUCAUCUUCUACGAGGACAGGAACUUCGGAGGUCAGCACUAUGAGUGCAUGAGCGACUGCGCCGACCUGCACUCCAUGUUCAACCGCUGCCGCUCCAUCCGGGUGGAGAGCGGCAUGUUCAUGAUCUACGACCGGCCCGGCUUCAUGGGAACCCAGUACUUCAUGAAGAGGGGAGAGUACUCUGACUACAUGGGCGUGACGGGCAUGAAUGACUGUGUCAGGUCCUGUCGUAUGAUCCCCAUGCACAGCGGCGGCUACAAGAUGAGGCUGUACGAGCACUUCGACAUGGGAGGCGAGAUGAUGGAGCUGAACGACAACUGCCCCAACCUCAUGGACCGCUUCCGCACCUCCAACUUCAACUCCUGCAACGUGAUGGACGGCCACUGGCUCAUGUACGAUCAAGCCAACUACAAGGGACGCCACUACUACCUGAGGCCCGGCCAGUACAAGAGCUUCAACGAGUGGAGCGGCAACAACUCCAAGAUCGGCUCCAUCAGGCGCCUCAUGGAUCUCUAA